GAGAGAUCUCUCUACGUGUUUGUAUAACCAAAUACCCCAUGAAACCUGCUUCUCUCGGUCUCUAUCCUCCUUUUGACUUUCACUCACAUGAUCACUGCAAAAAACAAAAACCACAGUGUUUUUCUUCAUUCUUCUCUGUUGAAAACACAGAAGGGGAAAAGCAUAGCAAGAAGAAAGGGUUUGAACAUGGGAACUAAUGACUUAUUCAACACAGACAAAUCCCUCUCCCUCAUGAAGAGACUUCUUCCAUGGACUCUCUGUGUCCUCCUUCCCAUUUCAUUCUUUUACCCUUUACCCUUUUCUCCAUUUCCUAAUCCUCAUCUUUCCCUUUCCUCCAAUAACACCAUCACCUACCUUUCUUCUCUUUCUGCUUCUGCUUCUCCACCUUCUUCUCCAGAAAGAGAAAAAACUAAUGAGACUAGAUGUGACUAUUUCAAUGGUGAAUGGGUGAGUGACAGUAGGGGUCCUUUGUACAAUGAUACAACAUGUGGUACUAUCAAAGAAGGUAGGAACUGCAUAACACAUGGAAGGACUGACUUGGAAUAUCUAAAAUGGAGAUGGAAACCGAUUGAGUGCAACCUUCCAAGGUUUGAGCCUCAAACUUUUCUCCAACUCAUUAAGAACAAGCAUGUAGCUUUUGUGGGGGACUCUAUGGCAAGGAACCAAUUAGAGUCCCUUCUGUGCAUGUUAGCCACUGCUUCAACUCCUAAACUUGUCUACAGCAACAAAACUAGAAAGGAAAACCAGUUCAGCAGGUGGAACUUUCCCUCAUUCAAUGCAACUGUUUCCUUGUAUUGGUCUCCUUUUCUUGUGUAUGGCAUUGAAAAAUCAAGCACUGACCCUAAUAACAAAUUGUACUUGGAUCAUGUGGAUGAGAGAUGGGCAAGGGACAUGGAUGAAAUGGACUUGAUUGUGUUAUCAUUUGGGCAUUGGUUUUUGAUUCCAGCAGUUUACCAUGAGGGAGAUUCAGUCUUAGGUUGCCAUUACUGUCCUGGUCUUAAUCACACUGAGAUUGGUUUUUAUGAUGUGUUGAGAAAAGCCCUGAGGACCACCUUGAAGAGCAUAGUUGAUAGGAGAGGAGCUAGAGGCAGAGGAAUUGAUGUGAUUGUGACAACAUUUACACCACAUCAUUUUGAAGGAGAGUGGGAUAAGGCUGGUGCUUGUCCAAAGACUAAGCCUUAUAGGAAUGAGGAGAAGAUACUUGAAGGAAUGAAUGCUGAGAUGAGAAAGAUUGAGAUUGAAGAAGUGGAAGAAGCCAAGGCAAAAGCCAGGAGAAGGUUAAGGUUGGAGGCAUUGGAUGUGACCAAGUUAGCAUUUCUGAGACCAGAUGGCCAUCCAGGUCCUUAUAUGAAUCCUUCUCCAUUUGUUAAUGGAAAUGUAAAGCAUGUGCAGAAUGAUUGUGUUCAUUGGUGUUUGCCUGGACCUAUAGACACAUGGAAUGAGAUUCUUCUGGAGAUGAUGAAGAACUGGGAAAAUCAACUAAGGACUGAAAACUGAGAUAUUUCUCAUCAUGAAAUUUGGAUUCUUUUGUUGAAUUUUUAGUGCCAUCAUACUGAUGAAAACUGAGUUUGAUAUUUUAGAAUAUACCAACAUAGUACAUUUUCAAGGCUUAGCAGAAGAACACCAAAAACUCAGGAGAGAAUUUGGACUCCAUAUCUUGUUGGUUGAUUAUAUUUUAGUUUUUCCAUCACAAGUGUUGGAAAAUUUCAUUGGAUGAGAGCAAGGAAUGAUUGGUUUUGUUUAUUGUUUUCUUUCAAAUUGGAUUGGAAAAUGUCAUUAACAUUAUAUAACGAUCUUUUUCUUUAAAUCUGAA